AACCAAACAAGGAAGUUUAUCUUUAUGUUGUAAAAAUAAUAUGAUUGGAAAAUACCCAGAUUUUAUUAAUAAAUGCAAGUCCAAAGGUAAAAUAUGAAGCAACUUGGUGGAAUGAUUCGAGUGUGUAUCCCUGAAAAUGUUAGAUACAACAAGUAUGACGUCUACCAGCUAUUCUCGUCAGUUGCACAGAUUAACAAAGUCAUUUUACACCGAAAAGAGAGAUGUGCAGACGUAUACUUAUUUAAAAGGUCAUCCAUUGAAUUUGUCCUUAAUCAGGCAUGGGUGCUUAGAGGACACCAUUUAACUGUGUACAAUGGUUUCAAGACCUUGCAAAGAAACAAUAAUAAAAACUUUCAAUCACAGAUCAGUAGUCAACAAAGACAUAAUUUGAAAUAUACAUAUAAUGAUUACAAGUUACAGCGAAGUGCAUUUUGGAGAGAUGUUCCUCAUCAUAAGUCAAAACCUACCUGCCAGAAAAUAAAGACAGUGAAGGUUCAUAGUUCUUCAUUAAUAACCAAGCAGAACAAUCGAAAAAAGGGAUCACAAUCUUUAAAACCAUUGAAAAGCGGGAACAGUGGAAAGUCUAAACAGUUCAUCCAAAUCAACAAGACAACUGCCAGGAAUUGUGAUUCUGAUAGGUUUUUAAAACAUUCCAUAUUAAAUGAGGCUUCUAGCAACACAAACAUAUUAGUCUCUACAGAAAACGGUAGUGUACCAGAAGAACCAUGUAAAACCUUUGAAACGCCAGCUGUAUACAUGAUGUACCAAGAUUCCCAUAAGCUAUUACAGUUAACAUCAUUAUCUUAUGAUAACAUCAUGUAUGAAAUAAGAAGACAUACCUCAAUUCCGUAUAGUUUACUUCUGCUUUAUCACCACGGAAAAUGUCUCCAUGGAAAUAUGUUUCCCAAUAUUCAGCCAUACGAUUCUAUCCUUGUCCUGGUUAAAGGCAAAGGCGGAAUGGAACAGGGAGACAACACUGAAAAUGUAACAGAAAAGAGUAGCGAGGAUGAAGUUACCACAUGGUUGAUAAAAUCUUUAGGAUUAACCAGAGAGCAAGUUGAAAAUUACGAUUUGGAAGAUUUAAACGGCCAGCUACUGUAUAGAUAUUCGUUGGAAAGUUUGGAACAAUUUAAAUUGGUCCUUCCAGUUGUUCCUAUUGGUCUGUUACGAAAAAUGCUUAUCCUAAGAAAGCCUGAUACUAAAACAAGAGAGAUCCUCACACUACCAGAAAGUAAAUGGAAAUGUGAAGAUGUUGAAGAUUUAGUAAAACGAACGUUAAAGGGGAAAAGGGACACAGUUGAUAGCAUAUGUAAAUUUAUUCACGAGAAAGCUAUAGAUGGUGUGGUAUUUUUAACAUACAGUAAUGUUGAGGAAAUGCAAGAAGACUAUUCAUCAUCAAAAGAAUACAGAUUGCAGUUUGAAAAAAUUAUGCUCAAACAAGCGGAGAUUUUAGUCCCAGUUCAUGAUUUAAAAAAUAAACCCAAAAGUAGUAAAGAGAAACAAGGACAUAGCAAACCACCUUCUGAGGUUGAAAAGUGGGUUUCAUUUUUACAGGACCGUCUUAACUUGGAAAAAUCUUCUGCAUCGCUGGAUACAUUCGCUAAACCUUGUAAUUUAAGCAUCAUAUACAGUGCAUGGAAAACAAAAAAUGAUUUUGAAUCUAAAGUAUUGUUCUUCAUUCUAAACGAAGAACAAAUUCAAUUUGACUCUCAUUCACAACGUAUUAUUUGGAGUAAAAUACGACAGAACAUGCGACGAUGGAGACAAAGUUUAGAUGCUUCUUCGAAAACAUUAUUUGAGGAAACUGAUGACGACGAAUGUUUGACCUAUGGCGGACAACAUAUUUCAUUGUCAAACGAGCAACCUAAUAUGAAACCAAUAAUGGACAAGUUCAAAAAGCCUCAAGAUCUGUUAUUGAUACCAAAUAUGUUUCUUGUAGUAGAAUGUGGUACAUUUGGAACUGAUGUUAUAACAUAUGAAAUUAAUUUGCAAGUACGAGAAAAAGAUCCAAUUCUUUACCGGUUUAAUUUUAGAAAGGGUAUUGAAUAUUUACAGUUCGACCAUCGGAAUGAAACAAAAGAUUUUUGGGCAUCUGCCUUGAUAGCGCGAGGUACUGAAAUUGAAGCAGAUAAAGCAACGGUCACUGUGAAAUGUAUUUCACAUAUACAGUCGCAUCGUCCAUUUUUGGCAUCUGGAGCAGAUAUUCAGUAUAUUGCAGGCAAGGUUUUCCCAACAUGUGAAUCAGGUGGAGCGUUGGCAGACAGGUGUUUUGAAUAUAAAUUUUUCGCGUCAAGUCUUGUUUCGAUUGAAAAAGCUAUCAGUAAAUUUUUAAUCGAAACUUUGCGUUUUGCCUGUGGUGUAUUAAAUUUUAGAAAAAAUGGAACAAUAGCUUUUGGAAUAGGUGACGACGUAGCAAAAAUUGAUGGCAGAAGUUUUAAGCAUGGGGAGAUAGUUGGUUUUUGUAUUGAGGAAACGAUGAAAGACUUUAAAUCACAGUUCACAGACGCAUUGGAUAAUGCUAAGAACAAAUGUUUUGACGAUGCCUCCAAAGCGACUGCCAUUAUGUGUAUUGGUGAUCCUGUUUUUAUUCCUGUCGUUACAAGUGCGAGUGAACGAGUAAUGUACGUAAUGGAAGUUGACAUUGAGCCAUCCACUGAAAAAUGUGGAGAUGCGUAUUUCAAAUUGAAUAGAAGUAAACUUGAUAAUAUCGGAAAUAUUAAGAAAAUUGAAAAAGACUACACUUUAUUUGUUCGAAAGGGGUCAUCAACAGAAAAAGUAGUUGAUGACGCUUUUAUACAUAAGCCUUUAGAAAGUAUUAUCAAGCAAAGAAAGAUAUUUGAUGAACGCAUACGAAAGACAAUAAAGGAGCCGCUGGAGUUGCCAUUGGAUAAAUUAAGACGCCUUUUGUGUAAUGGUUUAGAUCAGUUUGAUAGUUCCUUUUAUCCUUUCUUAGUAUUAAACAAACCAACGUUAGAGCAAAAACAAAACCCAGAAUGGAUUCAAAGAUUGCAAUUUAUUCGUGCUAUUGAUUUUUAUUGUAUAUUCGAUUUCGACGAUUAUUCAAAUGUGGAUGGAUUGUGUUCCAACUAUAGAAAUAAAAUGAAAAGUGAGAUACACAGUGAAGAUAUAUUUGAAGACUUCUCAAAUCGUUUCACUAAACUACAAUCUUUGCUAGGUUUUCCGCAUGAUCCCAAAACAGUUUGGGUGUUUGCUAAUGGUAGAAAUGAUGUUACACCAGUUCGGCCACAUUAUGACAGUGACAGAAAUUCUUGGAGUUCCGAAUAUUUAGGAAUACGAGAUGCUGUUUUCUUUUAUAGUCAAAUUAUUCCGAAACGGAGGGCAAUGUUUAUAUUUUUGCUGUUUUCGGAUGAUUUCAUUGGUUUGAUAGAGACACUAAAUGAAUGUAUUUUACGAUUUGGAUGGGACAGAAUAUUAAUAAUUACGACAGAAGAGUAUAUAAUAAAAAAUUUAAGAAAAAUAUUGGUAAGAGAAAAAAGAAGUUCAGAAGAAGAUAUAACAAGACAAAGUGUUUAUGGAGAAGGUUUGACAUGGGAACACAUAUGUUCUACAUUUUGCAUGUCGACAGGACAGUUAGACGAAAUUCUAAUACGAAUUCCCGUACAUAGUGGGGGAGACGGUGUGCCAAUGGAUCAAAACUUUCAAGACGCAAUAACAGAUUUAGAUGUAUUGAGUACCACACUAUGUAAUUAUUCAUCUCAUGAGAAUAACGAAAUGUUUAAUUUGAAAAUAGAAAAGCAGUUCUAUAAAGGUGGAAAGGUAAACUGGUUUAAUUUUGCUUUAGGGCAUGUUUGCACUAGACACAUAUUUACGCAAGUGAAAACCUAUAUACAACGAGUUUUAUCUUAUGGACAUGAAAAUUAUGACCAAGUAGCAGUUCCAAUAACGAUCGUUUAUCAACCAGGAGCUGGAGUAUCGACAUUAGCUCGACAUCUUCUUUGGGAAUUUCAUGAUCGUUACCGUUGUGCAAUAAUUAAAAGACUGACAAGUACUACGGUUUCAAAUAUAUUUUCUCUUUGGCAAUACAAAGAGACAUCUAGGCGGAACCCUCUACUUUUGCUGGUUGAUGACCUUUCUGAUCCUGAUUACUACCCUCAACAGUUACCAAAGAAAAUACAGAAAUAUUUCAAUAAUAUCAAGCUACCACAGCAGGGACCAGUUUGUUGUAUUAUUAUUUGUCAACGUGGUAUAGAGGAAGUAAAACGUAAGCCCAAAUUUACAAGCCCCUUAAUUGAAUAUUCUGAAACACUACGUCAGAAAUUAACAGAUGAGGAAAUACAUUGGUUUGAGACUAAGUUCAAACAAAUAGAAAAAAGAAAGCAUCCAUAUCGCCCGGACAAUCUCAUCUCAUUUUUAAUUCUCAGAAAGGAUUUUGAUGGCGCUUAUAUUAAAAAAACGAUCUCUGAGUUAUUAACCAAGAUUGACGAGGAUUCAAACGAGUAUGAGUUGCUCUCUUUUGUAGCAUUACUUUCCUACUACGGAAAUCUUUCGUAUAAUUCAAAAAGAGCAUGCAUCCCUGUAGAGUGUUGUGAUGAAUUCAUUGGAACAAAAUAUACAAAAGGUAAAGCAUGGGAAUUCUGGGAAAAGAAUAUGCUAGAGGAUAAAAAAAUAUUCCUUUUAGUUGAGGAAAACCGAAAUUAUAGCACAAAACAUAAAUUCAAAGAGAUUCGAAUAUCACACCCUUCAAUAGCUCCCGUAGUGUUAAACAUCUUAAAAGAAAACAAAUUGUCUUUAACUGAUCUUACCUUAAAAUUUCUAGAUUCUUCCGUCUUAACAAAUAAUUCAGUCACUGCAAGCAGUAUCAUUGAAUAUAAGACAAAAGAAAUGCUUAGGAGAAGGCUAAAAGAAGAAUAUAAUGAUAAGGUAAAUACGUCUUAUUCACCUUUAAUAGAAAGAAUUACUAAAGAUGAAGGUUGGAAUAAUGCCGCAAAGGUUUUAAAAAAGGGGUUCGAGUUAUUUCAAGACUGUUAUAUCUAUCAAAUACUAUCGAAAUUACUUUCUAAUAAUAAACAAUAUGACGAUGCGAUUAAAUAUGCACAGGAGUCAAUAAAGUAUGCCUCUUCUAUAGAAGAGAAGGGGUUUUGCUAUCAAAGUUUAGGAUUAGCUAUGAAAGAUAAAUUUGAAUCAAAUAUAGAUGACUUCGUAAAUAUUGAAAAAUCAGGAUGCGCUGUUAAAAGUCUGUUAGAAGCAUUCGAACUUUUCCUUGAGGCAAGACGAUGCGUUGAAAAUGCCGGUGAAAUAAGCGUUCUUUAUUGCACUAAUGAUAUAAUAAAAACUAUUUUGCUUUGUGGUCAAUUCCUCUUAGAAAAGGCAAAUUUCCCUGCCGAAAUCAACCGAAAGAGAUUGCUUACAGACCCUCUUUAUGAUCUCUCAGAAUUACCUGAUACAUGGAAAGAAAUACAAAGAACUCUUACAACUUUAGCCAGUCAUGGCAAGCAUUCAUUUGAGAUCAUUCAACGAAAGUUAUGCUACGAACCAAUAUAUUAUAGUCAUGAUCCCCAACAAUUGCACCGCUUUCAUCGACGAUUGCAUUUAGAUUAUCCGAAAUUGGUAAAUAAAUUUAUACAAAUUUUUGGAGAAGACAGUGAAGAACCACCCACAGACACUAUCCCAGAAGUUAUUGAUGAAUGGCACAGACGAAAGGUAUUAAAUUAUAUGGGAAACAACUACAUGGACCUAUAUAAUCGCAUAUAUUUACAACAUCGGCGUAAAUUUAUGCAGCUGGAUAGGGCAUUUUCUCUUUGUUUAGAAAUACGAGGCCAUCUAGCCCUAAUUGUCAACAAAGAAGUUCGCGACUACAUUAAUUUAGUGUCUGUCAAUUUUCUGCUUAGUUAUUUAAAAUCACAUGGAGUUAAAAAUGCACCACCUUUACAUUCAAUUAUAGAACUCAUCGGGUUUUGUCAAAUUGCAUCUAUGACACCUGGAGAAUAUGCUGAUCAAGCUUAUUUUUUUCUGUCUAUGAUGUUAUGGCCCACACGCGAGGAAGACACAAAUGUUGACAUAGACCUAUUUCAAAAGGCAUUGAAUAACUUCUCAAUCAGAAAACCAAAACGAUUUUAUAAGAAAAAGGAACAAAGAGAAAUGAAAGGUGAAAACAAUAUAACAAGACCUUCUCCUCAGUUCUUUUUGGGUUAUGGCAAAGGUCUGAAAAAGUUUUGUCAUAGGUUUGAUAUUUAUGAUAAGUCUUAUGCGGGUGAACAGUUCGAUGAUGGAAAGAUAUGGCACCGCGAAGAUGUCAAGCGGAAAGUCAGACGAGUAGAAGGUUAUAUCCAGUAUAACCAAUCCUGGCAAUAUAUUUCUGUAAAAAGUCACAAAUCAUCAGACAAUGAAAUUCAGAUUCAUAAAAUUAAAAAGUGUUCUAUUAAAUCGGAAGAAGAGGUAACAUUUGUGCUAGGAUUCAGUAUUGCCGGACCAAUAGCUUAUGAUGUGCAACUUAAAGAGAACCCAGAAUCUUACAGUUCUCCAGUUGCUUUAUAUGAAGAUAAAACUGAAAAAUACUAUUACAAAUCAGACGGCGAACUUUCUGACUUGAUUACCAGAAUUCAGGAACUAAAAAUGGAGACCGACCACAGAAAUCCUAAUCAGCAUGAGGUAAUUUAA